AUGCAGUCUUUUGUCUCCACCACACAGUUCCUCCUGUUGCUGCGUCUGGGAACAAACGCUGCAUUCCGCCAGGCCCGAAUAACAUGCAGCGUGUCCAAAUUCCUUCCUGGCCCAUUUGUUGCUCGAAUUAGGCUGGUUGUGGUCUUCGUGUGGAGUACUCCCAUUUCGGUUACCUCGUCAACCGAUUUGGUUGGACAGCUGAUCGCUGGUGCCCAGUCAUCAUCCAUGAACGAAACUCAUCUGCUUGAUCUUUCUUCACUGCAUGCUGUUGGUGAGUACUGUUGUCCAGUCCAUUCAACUCUUCUCCUUUGAUUGCAUUUGCUGAUGUUUUUGGCAGGUAUCUUUGACAUACUUUCACAGAUAGCAUCCUGCCCUUUGCUAUUGUUCCUUUUGGAUAGUUUUGUUUACUUGCGAAUAUGUAAUUAUAGUGGCAGAUGUUUGUUCAUAUUUAUGUAUAGUGCAGUUUGCAAAUUUUUCCUAACUGUUGGGCAUGAUAUGUGUGAUAGCUCGGUGAUUAAAGCAACAUUCAGAUUUUAUGUGGCCGCGUUUGCCAUAUGUAUUAGCAGCAGGGUUAUCAAAGCAUUUAAAUUUGUGGAAACUUUUUGUGAAGAUGGGUAUGAAAUCCCUUGCGAUUCUUUGGUGUUUUCCAUUGAAUUUACGCACAUUUUUUGCUUUAAGGCACUGCAGUGUUGUCGAUUGUUUUAGCGGAUUGGUUGCCUAUCUAUUCCAUUAACAGCUGUUUCAUCGUUGUGCACUUUUUAGAAAUCGCCCCGAACGCGACUUCGACAGAUGCCCUGAGUACAGGUAAGUUCCUCGAACUCUGCUGGUAUGGAUUUGCGUUCUAGCCAGAAUUUUUGGUGCGAAAUGCAUACGGUCGCCUGUCGGUGGUCUGUGUAUACAGAGAACCAAAUUUCAUAAGAGACAUUGACCAGAACGAGAAGGAAUUAAGCAAAACUUAUUAGCCUAUGCAACAGAAUAAUGAUGAAAUAGUAAAAUAAGUUGAUGACCACUGAGGCGUGUGUGUACGCAUUGGCUGUCAAGAUGGAGUCUAUGGCUAUCCUUGUAGGUCUAUACAUGAUCGGGUAAACGGACAUAAAAUAGGACUACUUUCCCAUCAAGGAAUAUAAGGCUACCAAAAAGACCACAUAACAAAUCCAGUAGUGACCAUCGGCAUAUCAAAUGUAGCGCAACUCCCAGAAUAUGACAACCUGGAGUUUGAAUCCGACUUCGGCUAUGUAUUGAGCUCAGCAAACUGAUACAUGGAUCAUGGGUCAGCAUCCUGUUGAGAGGAGGCCUUCGCAGAUUGAGCCGUAUAUUAAGGGCCAAAGUGCUGUCAUUUUCCGUCCACAGAGCAGCUGCCAUCAGCAUUGGCGGAAGUAGCAGUUUUUCUAAUUGGUUCCCCCUUUCCUGACAAAUGCAAGGUACGGGAGCGACUCCGGAAUCCGCAUACCAUCUAGGGGGGCGAAGUAUAUAUUUAGUGCUGUGAUCGUAACCUCAGUUCUGUGAUAAUUAGUUUGCAGCAAAACUGGGAAGUUGUACGGUGGAGAUGGUGCGGGGCUGAGGUAAAUGCAGUCGAUGUCAGGAAUGGGGUGAGAGCGGAAGGGCGCAGAGAUGUCACAGGUGGCGACUACAUAGCAAAGAAUAAAAUACAACUAAAAACGUACUGCUGAAAGAGACAAGAGAAACCAAAAUGGCCACCUCUAUACUAAUUCUCACUGAUAUAUGGCGGCUUUGAAUACUUCCAGUCAGGACCGGGAGGAUCUCGAACCUUGGAUAAACAGUAAGGUCGUUUACUUUAAAACAUACUUAUAUGGGUUUAAGUUUCAGACCCUGUUGGCGGCGGCUACGGAGGAAACUUGGCUGAAAGUUAUUUAUGUAGUUAAAGUCAUGAGCAUACCCUAACUGCUACGACCUUCAGAUGAGGAUCCAACUGGGAAAGUGAGAUGCUAAGCAUAAGAAGAAAGAUAACUGCAUUCAGUACAGAUGGGAGCAUAAGAAGAAAUUUGGCAGCAGGACGAGAGACGAAGGGACAGCUGUCCCAGUGUCCUUUUGCAUCAAGCCUGGGGUGAAUUGACAGCUGCGAUUAGGUGAGCAUCAGUCUUGGAUUCAGUGACUGACUACACACGAUGGCAGUAACAUACAGGGUCACAGAAUGUCAGACGAAAGGCUGCUGCUGCUGCUGGCGUGUCAGACAGAGCAGUCUGCAAAGGGCUCCAGAUAUGAGAGCCUCAAGGGUGCAUUAAGAAACUAGGGCCAGAUGCGUAAACGCCAGUCUACUGUGGCUGGGAAUGCUGCCUGUGUUAGUCGACAGAGUGUAUGAACAGGGCUCAUGUAGUAGCUCUGUAGGCAAACCUACUAGAGUUAACAUCUCAGGUCUUCUGGGCAUGGCCGGCAGACAAGGACAUGUAUUACGGACAAAACCUCUCGAAAAUUCCUCACAUUCUGCAUAAAUAGCCGUUGACAAUGAUGAUUAAUUAAUUACAGAGCUGUAAAUGCUUAAAUACCACGAUUUCGAUGAUAGUGAUGGUUCCUUUAUCAGUACAGCUUGCAGUUGACUGUUGCCUGUGCUAUCAAAGGUAGUGGAGUUCUUUUAACUUGAAUAGAGAAAAGGAUAGGAAACAGGAUUAUUGGCUGCAUGCUGCAUUCGAAUUUCCCUUCAAUCCCUUGUAGACCUGUCUUCCAACGGCACUUCGGCCUUCACCACUGCAUUCCCGAUGAGCACGCCUUCUUCAGGUGGGAACACCUUGAUUCCAAUCAUUUGUAUUUACCUCACUCUACUUCCCAGCAUCUGAGGAAUAUGUAUGCAGUAUUUUUACCUGAUUUGCUUCCAAAGACGAAGAAGUGAUAGCGAGGGCAGUAGUAAUAUGUCAUGGCGUUCAACAGUGUAGAAGAAGAGGAAGUAGUAGUAGUAGUAGUAGUAGUAGUAGUGGUAGUAGUAGUAGAAUGCCAGAGGCGAAGGAAUCAAUUUAGGGUAGAGGGCAUAUUCUGCGUGAGUGGAAUUUCACGCAUUUAUCUUAGAAGAAACAUUGUUGUUAUUGUGCAGAUGGAGAAGUAAACAGAAGUGGAAAGGGGUAGUAAGGGCGAACAUGGAAUUAUCAACGUAAAUAGAAAGGAGCCAAAAGACCAUAUGUAGAUUUGUGUCCGUCUCCACUCAGAAAUAGGCCACGGGUUUCCAAAUCCACAGCCUCAGGACUAAAUGAGGGAGUGAGGUAAGUGCGAAAAAGAAAUCGGUGAGGUUGCAUUGACUCGGAGCGCCAGCAGCAAAUGCUAACAUUUGCGCUCCACGUACAUACAUGCAUUUCUUCAAAUAAACUGGGAAGUAAAUGUGGGAAGUGAUCGAUAGGGAGAAUGAUAAUAGCAAUGAUAUGGAGAGGAGAAAUGACUACAGAGAUAUGAAAUUUGAUGUUGACUAUUACGUCGUAAACCUGAGGUUUUACAUUUAUCACCGCAUUCUAUGGCUGUGGUGAUUUUAGUGCUGACGAAAACAUACAACUCUGAAACUCGGGUGAUUGGGACGAGUGGAGAACCGGAACCCUGGUUGAACGAUUACUAUGAUAUGAGCAGCUCUUCCUCCAAACUCGUCGCCGGAAGAAUAUGCAAACAGGUCGGUGUUCACAUUUUUAACUUUUAUAAGCCAUAUUUCCUCCCUCCCUCCCUCCCUGCCUUCCUACUCCUGCUCCUGAUUAUCUCCUUCAUCUAUCUGCUUUUCCACAUUCAACUCCUUAUUGUCCGCGCCCUCCUCUAA